UUUUGAACUCUUGGAACUCAUUUAUUGUUAUGUUUAGGUAAAUGUCUAAGUAUUUGAUUAAAGUCCAACAAGGUUGAACACAUUUUAGGUAAAUAUUCAGAUUCGAUUAAGUGUUUGGGAUCGGUCUUAGAGUUGUGAACAGGCGUGGUUGUGAUUCGAAUGAAGCAUUAAGGCAUAUGAUGAAUUUUGGAUAUGAAUAUUUAUGUCAAAAAAGUCUCUCAGUCCAAUAUUUGUAACAAAUUAUUUUUUGUUUCUAAUAGUUGCAUUGGAGAAUAGAAGAUCCAAUUUUCGAACGUGUAGGAACUCUCUCUUCAAUCAAUCGUUUUCCACCAUAUUUGCAUCCUUCGUAUUGUUCUCCCUUCAACUUGGGCUUCAUGAUCAAUCUUAGUGUCAGCAAUCUCAUCUUUAGAUAUCCGCAUUUCGUCCCAAGAUCAACAUUUCAAAUCCCCUUCAUUUUCCUACUCCACACUCGCUCUCUUCCACAUCACAAAGAUAAACCCACCAAUUGGAACGCAUCUCACGUUCUGAUUCAAUCCAACCCACUUCUCUCCCUCUUAGAAGCAUGCACUUCUAUGGCGAAAAUGAAGGAAAUUCACGCCCAAAUGAUUUCAACUGGCUUGAUCUCAGAUGGGUUUGCUCUGAGUCGCCUCGUUGCUUUCUGUGCGAUUUCAGAAUGGCGAAAUUUGGACUAUUGUGACAAAAUUCUCAACAAUGCUGCAAAUCUAAAUGUUUUUUCUUGGAAUAUGGCGAUUAGGGGCUAUGUAGAGAGUGAAAAUCCCAUAAAUGCCGUUCUUUUGUAUAGGAAUAUGCUUAGAAAAGGUAGUGCGAUUCCUGAUAAUUAUACUUAUCCUCUGUUGUUCAAAGUUUGUGCCGGUUUUUCGUUGAGUUGGACUGCUAAUGAGAUUCUUGGACAUGUAAUACAGUUGGGUUUUGAUUCGGAUUUGUUUGUGCACAAUGCAAUCAUUCAUGUGUUGGUUUCAUGUGGAGAAUUGUUGGCUGCACGCAAGCUGUUCGAUGAAAGUUGUGUGAGAGAUUUGGUUUCUUGGAACUCCAUUAUCAAUGGAUACGUUCGGUGUGGCCUGGCAGACGAGGCGUUUGAUCUUUAUUACAAGAUGGGGGAACUGAAUGUGAUGCCAGAUGAGGUCACAAUGAUUGGUGUCGUUUCAGCUUCUGCUCAGCUUGAAAAUUUAGCUCUGGGAAGAAAGCUUCAUCAAUCCAUUGAAGAAAUGGGUUUGAAUUUGACCGUUCCACUUGCCAAUGCGUUGAUGGAUAUGUAUAUUAAGUGUAAGAAUAUUGAGGCUGCGAAAAUACUAUUUGAGAACAUGACAAAGAAAACUGUUGUUUCAUGGACUACAAUGGUUAUUGGAUAUGCCAAAUUUGGGUUGUUGGAAAGUGCUGUGAGGCUGUUCAAUGAGAUGCCAGAGAAGGAUGUUGUGCUAUGGAAUGCUCUCAUUGGUGGCUUUGUUCAAGCCAAGCGUAGUAAGGAGGCUUUGGCUUUGUUUCAUGAAAUGCAGGCGAGCAGCGUUGCCCCGGAUAAGAUUACUGUCGUUAAUUGUUUAUCUGCAUGCUCUCAACUUGGAGCGCUUGAUGUUGGAAUUUGGAUGCAUCAUUAUGUUGAUAAACAUAAUCUUACUAUGAAUGUUGCCUUAGGAACUGCUCUAGUUGACAUGUAUGCUAAGUGUGGGAACAUAAAAAAGGCUAUACAGGUUUUCGAGGAGAUGCCAGGAAGAAACUCGUUGACAUGGACAGCUAUAAUUUGUGGUCUAGCACUUCAUGGACAACCACAUGCUGCCAUAUCUUACUUCUCAGAGAUGAUUAGCAUUGGACUAGUGCCUGACGAGAUCACCUUCAUUGGGGUCCUAUCAGCUUGUUGUCACGGUGGUCUGGUUGAUCAAGGACGAGACUAUUUUUACCAAAUGACCUCUAAAUAUGGUAUUUCCCCAAAACUUAAGCAUUAUUCUUGUUUGGUGGACCUUCUAGGUAGGGCUGGCUUCUUGGAAGAAGCAGAAGAGCUUAUUAGGAGCAUGCCUUUCGAACCGGAUGCUGUAGUGUGGGGAGCAUUGUUCUUUGGCAGCCGUAUUCAUGGAAAUGUUCAUAUGGGAGAAAGAGCCGCUUCUAAGCUUCUUGAGUUGGAUCCUCAUGAUGGUGGAAUUUAUGUUUUGCUUGCUAAUAUGUAUGGUGAUGCUAAUAUGUGGGAGCAGGCAAGGAAGGUAAGAAAGAUGAUGGAAGAAAGAGGGGUAGAGAAAACACCAGGUUGUAGUUCAAUUGAGAUGAAUGGUUUAGUUUAUGAUUUUAUAAUUCGUGACAAGUCACAUCCUCAAUCGGAGAAAAUUUACGAGUGUUUGACACGGUUAACAAGACAGAUUGAAGUUAUUGAGGUCGAUCCUUCUUUAUUCAAAGAAUUUUCCUCUUGGUGUUAAUCUAGGUUACCAGAUUUGAGUUGAGAAACCUACCAAGCUCGCUCUCACAUGCUUGUGCUUGAAAGAACAAUCAUGGAUAGCUGUCUAGCACCCCGAAGGAUUCCCAGGCUAUAAGGAUUUGAAAAUUUGGACAUAUCCUUUGAAGUCUUGGGUUCAAGCCUCUGAGACUUAAACCCUUUCAUAUCUCCCACAGAUAGACCUUGAGUGGGUGAUGUCUAUCUGAAGAUUAAUGAGAGAUGGGCUAUAAGUAUAAUACAAGGAGCCGGGCCCUUCGUCACCCAGUUUAGAAAAGGUUAGUUAAUAAAAGAAAGUUUUCUAGUUUAGUUUGGGAUGUUUGGGGCAAGGAGUUGAAUAGUGAGUUCCAAGAAGUUAUAACUUACAGGGAGUUUUGAACUUUUGGACCCAUAAUGUAAUGAGUUGACAAGGUAUAAAAUUGAUAUUUUUUAGUAGUGGGAUCCACAAGAGUGGAGUUCACAACUUCUACUUCUCAUCACCUUGUGCCAAACACACCCAAAUUGAUAUGAUUCUCUUCGUUAAUGAUGAUGAAGUUCUACCUCUAGUAGUCCAAAAAGUGCUUCUGCAGGAAGAUCUUGAUUUGAAGAAUCUUCUGAAUGUUAUAUUUGAAGCAUGGUAUGGACUUGGGAAGAACUUCAAACAGUUGAACUGAAAUGUUAGUCAGGUUCGUAUUCAGCUCAUUUCUUGCCUCAUCUUUUUUAAAGCAAAGUCACCGGCGACUUUUAUUUAUAUGCUUCCAUCUAAUGGUGGUUGGUGGGUUAUGAUGAUUAAGGUUUACGUGCUCAACAUGGUAGUAGCAUCUCAAAUUUUUAACUUUUUUAUACUUGUUAGUGUUAACCAUGUUUUCUUGAAUUCCUUUGCAUGAAGCAAAAUGAGGGGAGAUAAAGUGCAAAUAUACUUAGUUCUAUUUUGUUCUCAGAACUUUCUUGUACAUUUGAUUUUGAUUUUGAAGAUGGCCUACUCAGUGUUAAAAGUGCUCUCAGGAUGGAAAGGCUUUCGGAUGUAUGCUCUAGAAAAUGGUAUUGUGGUAAGGAUGGCACUUCAAAAAAAAAAAAAAAAAAAAAAAAAAAAAAACCAAUCUUACUGUGUUUAAGGGAGUUUCCAGUAGUGAAAUGCAUAGAGAUAUGAAAGAUUACAAUAAACACUAGCACUUUGCUGGCCCAACACAGACUUUGAGUGAUAAUAGCUAGGGGAGUGAAUGAGAUUAGAUACCCACAAAGUAGUAGCCGUAAACGAUGAAUAUUUGGUGUGUUGUACGUGUUGAUUUGUUCGGUGCUAGAGGCAACACACUAAAUAAACUUAAAGAAAUUGAUGGAGUCCUCACAUGAAUAUCUAGGGUUUUUCGAUGAAUAUCAAUAUCGGAAAGAAAAAAGCAAGUUAUUUCUUUCAAUUCAAGUGUCAUAUGCAAUUAUAGAUUCCAACGUGUCUAAUCGUAA